CUGUCCUGCCGACGGAUUUGCAUCGGUCGACGCUUUCAAAUCAUUGGUGACGCACAAAUGGAAGUGACGACUUGAAAAAUUUCUGCAAAAAAUAUGUGAAAUUCCGUGUUUGUAGUGGGGGUACCACUGAAAAAACUAGUUUUUGUGAUAAUUUCCCCAUUUUUCUCAAUUUUUUUAAGUGAAAUUUUUUUUUCUUUUGGUGGAAUUGAAGCGAAAUUAUCAAGAUUGCGUAAAAUCUGGACGCUCCUUCCGGUAAUUAUCACGCCCUGGUGGCGAUAACUAUGAAAAAUCGUCUGAGUGUAACGGAUCACUCGAACACCAGUGGGCGCUAGUUCUCCUGGAUUUUACUUGUUAUUUUUCUAUCUUCAUUUCAACUGCGGGAUUACGAGGAAAAGAACAACAUCCUCGAGUGGUUUCCCGAGUUGUGUCCUUUCGUGAUAAGCGCGAGUGAUAGGAGGUGCUCGGGUUCAAGUGGUGAUGAGUAAGCGAGUGUGAGAGACGACGAGAUCAUGUGGAGGACGUGAAAGAGAUUUUAAUACUAGGAACUAAUUCAUUUAGAGGAAAUAUGCCGGCAAUACAAUUGUUCGGCCGCAAAUGGCUCGCGGCCACUGACGACCUUGUGUAUCCAGGACUCUUUGAGAUAUUCAUCCGAGUCGUCUGGUUCGUUCUACUCGGCAUCGCCUGCAUGCGAUACUACGCCGAGACCUGGAAAUGCAAGACAGGGGGCGAACUGGUGCGAGUAUUUCUCGCAGGAGAACUGGUGAUCCUGGGGGUAGUCACUAUCCUCGUCUUCGUCAUCGUCAAUCACAGCGCCAGGGGCUCUAUCGUGGACACCUACGCCAGGAGAUUGGUCGAGCCCCUCUUAACAGUGAAGAUUCUAUUGUUGCUCCCGGAGAUAAUCUGGAAUGUCCUGGGGACUCUCUGGAUCUUUACGGAUCACGUGCAAUGCACAAAUGAAAAUUUUACGUUCGCAACGAUCGAGGCACUCGUCUUCUUCGACUGGGUCCUCAUCGGUCUGGCUAUUCUCGGUCUUGCCUUCGUCUUUGAUCCACUCGGAUCACUAUAUCCCUCUGAUAAGGCCCUCGAGGACUCCAUCGAGCAUGGAAAGGUGUCCAGGAUAUGGCUGAGGAGGUUCAAGUGGUUCUGGUGGAUGCGGCGGGACGAGAGUGCCAAUGAAACAUUUCAACAUGUUGCUGGAUUAUUGAGUGCUCUCUUCAGAGGGACUGAUUUAGUUCCCUCGGAUAUUAUGGCUGGUUGCGUACUGCUGCGUGUCAGACAGAAACGCGAAACACUCGAGUUACGACGACUCAAUAUCCUAGAACGUCCGGAAUAUACCGUAGACGCGAAAACGAUAUUCUCCAGCCACCCCCCCUGGAUGUCCCUGGAAUGGGCCCACCACUACAUAAAAUUAUCGAUAGCCUCCUACAGUUGGCUGUUCGUCAUGUACCAGCAUAUUUUCACCGGCUGUUGCAAGCUAAUACCGAACAUGACCUGUUGUGCAUGUUUGCGGAGGAGGGAGCACAAUGUUCUCGAUGAUAACUGUUGUUUAUGCAGUCUAGCUGGGGUCAAGCAACUCUCGAAACUCUCCGAGGACGAUAUCCUGUUCGCGUCUUUUCGGAAUCAUCUGUGUGAGAUUCCAUUCUGCGUGAUAGCAGACCACAAAGCGGCGAGUAUAGCCGUCGUGAUAAGGGGCUCUCUAUCCCUGAGAGACCUGAUAACAGACAUCGCGGCGGCCUCGGCGUCCUUCGAGCCGCCAGGAUUGCCAAAAGGCAGUAUGGCCCACAGGGGGAUGAUAAUCGGGGCCAAAGUCCUCUUAAAACAGCUCAAUAAGUACAAAGUCCUUGAGAAGGCCUUCGAGGCCUACCCCCACUACUCCCUAGCCCUGACUGGGCACAGCCUAGGCGCCGGCUUGGCAGUCCUCCUAGCCCUCCUGAUACGCCCACGGUAUCCCAAUCUACGAGUCUACGCCUUUGCGACACCAGCUGGACUCCUCAGUAGAGAAGCAGCGAAGGUCACCGAAGAUUUUGUCUUCACCGUCGGUCUCGGUGACGAUUUGGUCAUGCGACUGAGCGUCGACAGCAUCGAAAAUUUCAGGACAGGUCUCCUAAUCACCCUCCAGGCCUGCAAACUUCCGAAAUAUCGAGUGGUGCUCAAUGGUUUUGGUUACGCCCUAUUUGGGGUGCCAGACCGAGAUCUGAAUAGAACAUGGCGGAAUGGCAACACGAUCAACUCGAUUCCGGGGCAUUUGCCUCUCUUGGCCGAUGGCGGGAAUCAUCGUCAGGGUGAGACACUCAUCCUGGAGCACGACGUCUCCAGGAGGAGGUACUCCCAGGUGAGGCUGUACAAUGCGGGGAGAAUUCUGCACAUGGCCAAGUGCAAGCUCGAGGAUAAGGGGAAGAAGGGGGAGAGGAGGUUUGAGAUGAGAUGGGCGCAGCCCGAGGAGUUCAUGGAGCUCUCGGUGAUGCCCAGGAUGCUCCUGGAUCACCUCCCGGAGAAUCUGGAAAUCGCCCUGAGGAGUCUGAUAAAGCAACAGGAGGAGGUGCCGAUCUAUCUCGAAGAGGUUUAGGUCGCUUGAGGGGGGGAGGCCCCGCGGGAAAAUUGGGUUAUGAUGCGAGUACGAAAAACGACGCUUUAUGGCCUAGGCCGGAAAGUGGUACUUUUGGCUCGGGUGUGGCGAAAAAGAAUAGGGAAUGAAAAAGGGUGUAUUUUGAUGAAAUAUUCAAAUUAGUGAUUGGAAAAAUUGUUGAAGUUCUUCCUGGGGAACAUGAAUUAUGUGUUUAGGUAAAUGUUUAGUAUUUAUAUACCAGUAAUUUUCUAUUGUAUGGUUCAUCACUCGAUGAUUAAUAUGAUAGUUUUGUACAUUCCAAUGGAUUUAAUAAACCAAUUUUGUAUUAA